AACGCUCGAUUCGCUCACCAAAAAAUGUGUUGCUUUGCUCUAGUCAUAGCCCUAGCCCUAGCCCCUAGGACAUGUAUGCUGUCAUAACACAGAGAGGAGACUCUGCAAUGAUGAUAGCUGCCAGCGAGGGUGGAACUAAAGUUGUUUCCCUGCUGGUGAAAGCUGGAGCUACGCUGGGUCAGCAGCAGAAGAAGGCAUAUGAGCUACUGAGAUCUGCCUCUGAAAGAGGAUAUGUGGAAAUAGUUACUUCACUGAUCACAGCUGGUGUGGACGUGAAUGGCAGAGAUAGGGAUAGAGACUCUGCACUGAUGAUGGCUAUCAGGAAUGGCAGGACUGAAGUUGUUUCACUGCUAAUAGAGGCCGGAGCUAACAUUCACCUACAGAAUGAGCAUGGAUACUCUGCACUGAUGUUGGCUGCGAAGGAGAGUAGGACUAAAGUUGUUUCACUGCUACUUGAGGCUGGAGCUAAAGUUGAUCUACAGAAUGAGAAUGGAGACUCUGCACUGAUGUUGGCUGUCAGGUGGGGUAAGACUGAAGUUAUUUUACUGCUACUAGAGGCUGGAGCUAAAGUUGAUCUAUGGAAUAGAGUACUACAAAGAGGAGACUCUGCACUGAUGAUAGCUGCCAGAGUGGGUAGAACUAAAGAUGUUUCCCUACUGGUGAAAGCCGGAGCUACGCUGGGUCAGCAGCAGAAGAAGGCAUAUGAGCUACUGAGAUCUGCCUCUGAAAGAGGAUAUGUGGAAAUAGUUACUUCACUAAUCACAGCCGGAGUGGACGUGAAUGGCAGAGAUAGGGAUAGAGACUCUGCACUGAUGACGGCUAUCAGGAAUGGCAGGACUGAAGUUGUUUCACUGCUAAUAGAGGCCGGAGCUAACAUUCAUCUACAGAAUGAGAGAGGAGACUCUGCACUGAUGAUAGCUGCCAGCGAGGGUAGAACUAAAGUUGUUUCCCUGCUGGUGAAAGCUGGAGCUACGCUGGGUCAGCAGCAGAAGGAGGCAUAUGAGCUACUGAGAUCUGCCUCUGAAAGAGGAUAUGUGGGAAUAGUUACUUCACUGAUCGCAGCUGGAGUGGACGUGAAUGGCAGAGAUAAGGAUAGGGACUCUGCACUGAUGAUGGCUAUCAGGAAUGGCAGGACUGAAGUUGUUUCACUGCUAAUAGAAGCCGGAGCUAACAUUCACCUACAGAACAAGAGAGGAGACUCUGCACUGAUGAUAGCUGCCAGCAAGGGUAGAACUAAAGAUGUUUCCCUACUGGUGAAAGCUGGAGCUACGCUGGGUCAGCAGCAGGAGGAGGCUUAUGAGCUACUGAGAUCUGCCUCUGAAACAGCAUAUGUGGGAAUAGUUGCUUCACUGAUCGCAGCUGGAGUGGACGUGAAUGGCAGAGAUAAGGAUAGAGACUCUGCACUGAUGGUGGCUAUUAGGAAUGGCAGGACUGAAGUUGUUUCACUGCUAAUAGAGGCCGGAGCUAACAUUGACCUACAGGAGAUAAGGGUGUCUUUCAGAUUCAGUUUGGGCCAUUUUACUACUGCCUGGACUUACGAUUCAAGAAGAUUGCUCGUGCCAUUG